CGCCGCCCCAACACGCCUCGCAGUCCCCGGCUGGCCGGGCUGGUUCAGCUUACGCCGCACUUCACGUGACUCUCGCGCUGAGCGAACAUGGCGUCCGCCUCGCGCCCUUCCUACUCCCUGGGGAAUGAGACCCUGAAGGUGCCCUUGGCACUGUUUGCCCUGAACAGGCAGCGCUUGUGUGAGCGGCUGCGGAAGAAUGCAGCUGUGCAGGCCGGCUCAGCUGUGGUGCUGCAGGGUGGGGAGGAGAUGCAGCGUUACUGCACCGACACGUCCAUUAUUUUCCGCCAGGAGUCCUUCUUUCACUGGGCCUUCGGUGUCAUCGAGUCAGGCUGCUAUGGUGUGAUUGAUGUGGACACUGGGAAGUCAACCCUGUUUGUGCCCAGGCUUCCUCCCAGCUACGCUACCUGGAUGGGAAAGAUCCAUUCCAAGGAGCACUUCAAGGAGAAGUAUGCCGUGGAUGAUGUUCAGUACACAGAUGAGAUCGCCAGUGUCUUGAUGUCACAGAACCCCUCCAUCCUCCUCACUUUGCGCGGUGUCAACACAGACAGUGGCAAUGUCUGCAGGGAGGCCUCCUUCGAGGGUAUCAGCAAAUUCAAUGUCAACAACACCAUUCUUCACCCAGAGAUCGUUGAAUGCAGAGUGUUCAAAACAGACAUGGAGCUAGAGGUUUUACGCUACACCAAUCGGAUCUCCAGUGAAGCCCACUGCCAGGUAAUGAAGGCCGUAAAAGUGGGAAUGAAGGAGUAUGAGAUGGAAAGCCUGUUCCAGCACUAUUGCUACUCUCGGGGCGGCAUGCGCCACACUUCCUACACCUGCAUCUGUUGCAGUGGUGAGAAUGCAGCUGUGCUACACUACGGACAUGCUGGGGCCCCCAAUGACCGAACAAUCAAGGAUGGAGAUAUGUGCCUGUUCGACAUGGGUGGAGAGUAUUACUGCUUUGCAUCUGACAUCACCUGUUCCUUUCCUGCCAAUGGCAAGUUCACGGAGGACCAGAGGGCCAUCUACGAGGCAGUGCUGCGGAGCUGCAGAGCAGUCAUGAGCACCAUGAAGCCAGGUGUCUGGUGGCCUGAUAUGCACCGACUGGCUGACCGCAUACACUUAGAGGAACUGACCCGCAUCGGCCUCCUGAGUGGCAGUGUGGAUGCCAUGCUCCAGGUCCACCUGGGAGCAGUGUUCAUGCCACAUGGGCUCGGUCACUUUCUGGGCCUGGACGUGCACGAUGUGGGAGGCUACCCUGAGGGUGUGGAGCGCAUCGAUGAGCCUGGCCUGCGGAGCCUGCGUACAGCACGGCACCUGGAACCGGGCAUGGUGCUCACUGUGGAGCCAGGCAUCUACUUCAUUGACCACCUGUUGGACCAAGCCCUGGCAGACCCUGCCCAAGCCUGCUUCUUUAACCACGAAGUCCUGCAACGCUUUCGCAACUUUGGUGGCGUCCGUAUCGAGGAGGACGUGGUGGUGACUGACAACGGCAUGGAGCUGCUGACCUGUGUGCCCCGGACCGUGGAGGAAAUCGAAGCAUGCAUGGCAGGCUGUGACAAGACCUUUACACCCUUCUCUGGCCCGAAGUAGAGCCAGCCAGGAUGCCCAGAUUGGACCUCCCUAAGGUGUCCACCUGCCCGCUGGCACCCAGUGACAGGAGGCAAUGCUCAGAAAUCAGAUGCUGAAAUUCCCAUUUGAUCCUACUAAAGCAAACAGUGUUUCCAAGAAGGAAAACAGUUUAUUAACCUGCAAGAUCACAGCCUUAAAUCUUUGCGUUUCCUUAAGUGACAGUGACUUAAAGUGUUGAUUGAAAAUAAUCCUGUUCUUAACGCAACUAAAUUGUCUCUUGCUGCCGUGUAUAUUCUGUACUCGGGAAAGAUGCACUCCUAGUGUUUUCUCCCAAAAAUCAAUAUGCAGAAUCGAAUUUGCAAUAAAAGCUUUCCUAAAAUAGC